CCCUCAAAUCUUCCCCAGCUCUCCCCCAAACCAAGCUGCUGCUGCUGCCUGCUGCUGCUGCUGCGAUGGGUGGGAAGAACCGCAUCCUUCUGUCUUGCGUGCGAUCUGGGAUCGCCGUAGUAGAAGAUACUAGCAACACCAUUAAGAAGGAGCGCAAGCUUCAGAGAAGUCUUCUUUUGGGGUCAUACAUCAUAUAUCUGCUACUUGCCAUUUCUGCUUCGGCUAGCUUAUUUUGUGCCCCUACAAGGCUGGGUGUUCCCCUUCUUGUUGUAUCCUCCACGAUGUUUGUUGAGGCUGCACUCUUGCUUUGCAUCUUAACCACGGUUGCCCAGACCAUUGCCCACAUUAUCAAUCGUGGACCAUUGCUUCCCAAGAGCCCUCACAAUCGGGUUGUGGUGGUUUUACUACAGAUGGGGCGGAUCCAGCGUGGGGGCAGGGGGGCUCAAGCCCCCCUACCCCCAUGAACUCCAUGGAAAUUAGAGGAGAGGAGGAGGGAGAAGAAGAGAAAAGAAGGGAGAGAAGAAGAAGAAAGGGGGGG